AUGGUCAACGCUACUCAGCUCGUCAAAAGCCUUAUCUCCAAGAACGCCGUCAUGGUGUUCUCCAAGUCGUACUGCCCGUACUGCACCAAAGCGAAGAAUCUGCUCAAGAGCAAUGGUAUUAACUUUGAGGCCAUCGAGCUUGAUCGGCGCGACGACGGCAGCGUUAUUCAGAGUGUCCUGGCCAGUCUUACCAAUCAGAGAACCGUGCCCAACAUCUUUGCCAAUGGUCAUCAUAUUGGCGGUUGUGACAACACGAUUGCUGCGCUGAGCAACAGCUCCUUCAAAAAUAUUCUC